AAAUUAGGCGGUAGCUGGUAAAGGGCUCCCUUUCUGUUUGUCAGUGUAUAUACCACCUGUGCAGGGUGAGAAGACCUACCACCAUGUGGAUGUACCCCUGGGACUAAGGCUGUGUACACACUCCGCCCUUCCUGUACCCCUGGGAAUAUAUUGUCCACACUUAGGAACAUGCCUUCAGGCAUUGACAUCUGCUGCUAACGAGUCCCUGACUGCUGGACCAGGGGAGAGUGGCACCCCAUAAUACAACAUGGUCGACUACUACAAGGUGCUUGGAGUACCAAAAGAGGCCUCAGUGGCCGAGUUAAAGAAGGCAUACAGAAAACUAGCUCUCAAAUGGCAUCCAGACAAAAACCCAGACCGAAAAGAGGAGGCAGAGAAAAAAUUCAAAGAAAUCUCAGAAGCUUAUGAAGUUUUAUCAGAUCAGGAGAAGAGGGGUAUAUAUGACAAAUACGGUAAGGAAGGGCUGCAAGGACACCACCAAAAUGGCAACGAUUACGACAUGGGUGGUAGUUUCCACGGUUUCCAUGGGUUCCAGUUCCGAGACCCAGAAGAAGUAUUCCGCGAGUUCUUUGGAGGCAGAGAUCCAUUUGCUUCAUUUUUCGGAGGUCCAGGCGGUGGUUCCAACAUGUUUCAAAAUUCUUUUCCAGGAUUUCCGUCUUUCGCUUCCUCCUCUCCAUUUUUCUCCGACGACUCUUUUGGUUCUUCAGACUCUGGUCGCAGACCAACAAGGGGAUACAGGCGCCGGGAGAGGAUGGACCUGGCAGGGCAGCCGUCGUCACGGCGACCAAGAGACCGGAUAGGAAUGCUUCAUCAUCCCCCAGUUGGUCAACAGUUUGGUGUCUUCCAUAUGGGAUUUCCGCUCAACUUUGGAUUUUCCUCUGUGUUUGACGAUCCUUUUGGACACUUUCAUAGACCACCGGGUUUUUUUCAAACAAGCACAUCUUUUAGCGGGCCAAGUGGCCAUGGUGGCCAUGGUGGCCACGGCAACAACUUCAGGUCAACUUCCACAUCAACAAAAUAUGUCAACGGAAAACGUGUGGUCACAAAAAAAAUCGUAGAACAGGGUAAGGAGACCGUCACGGUGGAGGAAGAUGGUGUGCUCAAAUCACAUGUGGUGAACGGAGAGCCGCAGAUGUUGGCCUACUGAGUGGGUAUAGGGACCAUGCCUCGGAACGCGGACGUGUUGUCAUACGACGGAGGAGACUCAAGCCUUCUGUGUUACACUGUUCAUAUUAUAUAUAUAUACUAUUAUAUUAUUAUAUAUAUUUAUAAGGAUUUCUGUGAACCUUCAAUGAAGGCCCUAGAUCUCUCAUUUGGAAUAUACUGUUCUAUGAGGUUCUGCACAUCAAUAAACACUGAAUCUCCAAAGUGUAUAAACCACUGUUCCUGUCUACUAUCAGUUUUUAUUUGUCAAAGAGUUUUAAAAACAAUUUUAGAUAUCAGUUUUCAAAAACAAAUAUGUUGAAUUAGUGGUCUGUUGGCAAUAAAUGAUUUUCUUUCCCAGAUUUUAUUAUGAGGCCUAUACAUGUGUAUAUAUUAUAUGUAUUGAAACACUGAAAGUCCCAGUACCGCCUUUAACAUUCAUAAACUACAGCUUGUUUUAAUUCAACCCGAGUUAAUAAGUGCUAGGUUAGUUUUGACCCGGUGCUUGUAAAUGAUUGUGUGGUGAUUUGUAUCACAGCUCUUGGGAUACUCAAGAGGUCAGAUUAGACAGGUUUUAAUGCUUACAUGACAUUAAUUCUUGAUGAUUUCUGGAUCCACUGGAGAAGACAGAGCCACAUGAUGUACAUAUAUAAGUGACGUUCAUCGGUGUACACUGGUCCAAAUGGGAUAUUUAGGGUUUCUGUGGUGUUUUAUAAUAUCACUCAGCUUGUAUAACUUGAGAUACAGCUCCAUAGGUUGUGAUUCAUGCUGCGAUAAAAUAUUUGAAAAUUGGUGGGGCGUUGUCAUAGCAUCAUAAUUGAUAACCAGUCAUGUUUCAGUUUUAAUUUAGUUGUCACCACAUAAGAAGCUUUGCUUUAGUUUUUUUUUUUUUUUUGAGAGUGUCUCAUUCUUGUAUCACAUAUUAAUUCUAGGUAUAAUUUCAGUGUGUGGUGUUUUCAAGCUUCUUACUUUCAGUUUAUGUAACAAGUUGAAUAUGCAUACUGUCAUUUGUUAGCUUUACAUAAUUACCUUAUUGUACUGCCAUCUUAUUGACAAGUAAAAGUUUGUUAUUACAAAGUUUUUUGGCAAUAUAAUGACGGUGUCUACACAGGGUUACAACUUUGUAGAUUAAUACCUCAUGAAAUGAUUUUAAUUUUGCAAAUCAAAACGAAACAUUUUUUAGAAAUUGAAAAUUAAUGAUUUUAAUUAUGGUCUCCAAUUUCAGUAGUUUUUAGCAUGGAUGGUUUAAAGGGAUCUGAGGUGACAGUGAUGGACAUGGGUAGGUUUUUUACCUGACAUAACAACUAGAUAUUAAUUAUUUAUAAUAUAACAUGGUGCAGAUACUGGUGUACAACAAUACCUUAAAAAGUAUUUUUUGUGAAUAUUUACCGAAACAAAACAUAAUUUUUCACAGGUCCUUAAAAAUCGGUAAAUAUUUUUUGUACUGAAAAUUAAUUCCAUUAAAGUUUUCGUUAUUUGGUAAUACAGACAGAAAUUGUUAUCAUAAACCCUGAUAACUCAAAAGAUUCUUCUUAACUCAAACCCCGAUAUACUUGGUUAUCUCGAAUACUCAUGAUAUCUCGAAGUUUUUUCAUGACCCACUGACUUCAAGAUAAGGAUCCACUCUUUAUGUUUCUGUUUGAACUGGAUUCCAGUAAAUAUUUUGUAGCGUAUUAACAUCAAAAUUUCAGUGUUUUAGAAAAUGAAUAUAGCAUAUGUGUAUAGUAUACUAAUACCAGUUAGCAAUGUUUCUCCAAGUUUAAUAUAUUUUUGUGUUGUAGGGAGUUAGAUUCUUUUUACCUUUUGUGCCAUUGUUGUUACAUAGCCUGUGUGUAGAAUGUGUAUAAAUGGACUGGUCCAGUUUAGUCCACUGGAAAAGUUCCACGGACUUAACAGGUUGCUGUAAAAAUACCUCUAUACCCUGGUAAGCGCAAUCAUAUGAAUAAGUAAUCUUGACUCUUCCCUUGAGGAAUUGAAAACAUGUACUUUUAUAGUUAGCGCUUGAUCAGUACCUCCAAGAUAGUGCGACAAAUAAGGCCUGUUUUGGGGGGAGUAUCAUUUAUAAAAUGGUUUUUUUUGUUGUUUU